AUGUACUUCAGCAUGCUCUCCCCGCGCUGACACACCUUCCUUUUGCUCGUCCGGCUUUAACCUUAACCCUUUUUGUUUACUCAUCUCAGUUACUCAUCUCACAUUAGGUAGGUAGGUUAGGUAAUUUUUAUACUGCAUCUCCGCGCUUGUGGCGAUAAGCCUACGUUUCCUUUAGACUUCAAUCAUAAUAAUGGAAUGAAAUUCACUGAGAAGAUAUUGCACGGCAUAUUGCCCCAAAGUACUCCUACAUAUAGGAAAAAGGGCAAUUUAAAACGUUGACCACAAUGUCUUACAUCUCGUGAAUUAUCAUUUAUUUGGUAGGGCAUCCCCAAGAUGACGUACAGGGCUUUCUCGUCUCGUUGGGUGCAGACCGCAUCCGAAGGUCUACGGAUCCGGGCCGGUAAAUAUCACGCUGAGCCUUUGCGACGAGUUGCUACAGCUGCUGCUGCUACCGCCGCUGUUAAAAUCAUCCCGGAAUCGGCGAAUCCAGUCGAGGCGCCGGCAGUCCAACUCUCGCGCCGAGAGCUUCUGAAAGAUGCAAAACCAUUUUCCGAUUUCCUCACGGAUACUUUUCACCGACAGCAUGACUACCUGCGUAUUUCGCUUACGGAACGAUGCAAUCUUCGGUGUGUCUACUGUAUGCCGGAGGAAGGCGUUCCUCUUUCACCUCCGAGAGAACUCCUGACAACGCCCGAGAUUGUGAUGCUGUCAUCACUAUUCGUCUCCCAGGGUGUGAAUAAAAUUCGCCUGACAGGUGGCGAACCUACUGUCAGAAAGGAUAUUUUACCCUUGAUGGAGCAGAUCGGCGCCCUUCGGUCGCAUGGCCUUCGAGAACUCUGUCUUACCACUAAUGGUAUAGCCCUUCAUCGGAAGCUCGAGGGAAUGGUGGAAGCUGGUUUAACAGGCGUAAAUCUAAGCCUCGAUACGCUAGAUCCAUGGCAAUUUCAGAUUAUGACCAGGCGGAAAGGAUUCGAUGCUGUAAUGAAGAGCAUUGAAAGAGUAUUUGAGCUUAAUAAACAUGGAGCCGGUAUUAAGCUGAAGAUUAACGCGGUUAUCAUGCGAGGAAUCAAUGACCGAGAAAUUAUUCCUUUCGUCGAGAUGACUCGCGAGAAAGACAUCGAAGUCAGGUUCAUUGAAUACAUGCCUUUCGAUGGUAACAAGUGGAAUGAGGGCAAAAUGUUCAGUUACAACGAGAUGCUGGAUCGCAUCCGCGAGAAGCACCCCGGCCUAGAGAGAAUCAGAGGUCAUAAAAACGACACCAGCAAAACCUACAGGAUUCCCGGGUUCGUAGGCAAAAUUGGCUUCAUUACCAGCAUGACACACAAUUUCUGCGGAACCUGCAACCGUCUUCGUAUCACAAGUGAUGGCAAUCUCAAAGUUUGCCUCUUUGGUAAUGCGGAAGUCUCCCUGAGGGAUAUCUUGAGGGGAUGUAAUAACGGUGACCCGAUCGAUGAAGAAACUUAUAAAGCAAUGAGAAGAAUAGCCGCAGACAGGCAACUGGAAAUAUCGGACGAGCCAGCUCCCCUUAACUUAGCGCCCAAUGAGCGUAAACUCUUAGAGGUCAUUGGUAUGGCAGUGAAGAGGAAGAAAGCUAAGCACGCCGGCAUUGGCGAGCUAGAGCACAUGAAAAACAGACCGAUGAUUCUCAUAGGUUCGCCGCAAUAUAUACCGACUAACUACGCUCGAGUUUCGAGUUGGGAUGCUAUCGAAUAUCCGCCAGUCGUGCCUCUUUCCCCCAAGCGACCGGCCCCUUGGCUACUACCUACUUUUCCCACUGGCUUUGUCUAUGGUCAACUACGGUGCUUCUCAGUAGGCAGGCCACGACUUAAUAAAAAACACGACACAGCGAGAUUAACACACGUGUCUGAAUCCGGUUCUGCUCACAUGGUGUCUAUCUCCGACAAGACACCCAGCAAGAGAGUGGCCAAGGCCGUAUGCAGUGUCCAUUUUACAAACAAGCUAGCAUGCGAACUUAUAAAGGAAAAUCAGAUUAAGAAAGGGGAUGUAUUAGGGGUAGCCCGCGUGGCGGGGAUCAUGGCCGCAAAGAGAACACCAGAUCUCAUCCCGUUAUGCCAUCCUAUCGCGAUCACUAAGGUUACUGUAGACCUUGCUGUGGUUGAAAGUGAAAACGAAAACGACAAGGCUAGCCGAGUCGAUAUCGAGGCAACUGUAGCUUGCGAAGGCAAAACAGGGGUAGAGAUGGAAGCCCUAACAGCUGCUUCUACAGCGGCUCUGACUGUUUAUGACAUGUGCAAGGCGGUGGAUAAGGGGAUGAGCAUCCAAGGGUUGAGAGUCAUUCUCAAGGAGGGAGGUAAGAGCGGCCGUUGGGUUGACGGCGCUCAAGAUGACUCGUCAGAGCUAAACUAAUGAAUGGGAUCUACACUGAUCUAUGGUCCAAACAUUUACUAUAUAGUCUAGGUAUAUAAGAUCAACUAUAAUAUGCAUGCAUGCCAUAUACUCUCUUCGCUAUCAUUUCUCACCAUCUUUCUAACCUGGUCUUAGUGGGAAUUUAUCCUAUUACUAUUUCACUAAUUACCUACCUAGGUACGCAAAGUCGAACGAUCUCUAUGCAACUAAUUCACGCGUCCAAGGUAAAUAUAAUCGCGCAGGAGGAGGGGUUAUCGUUGUCCCUUAGCAAAGACUGCUUUUCAACUGCGUUGAGGGGAGUUAAUUCGGGAGGCCGUUACCUAUUUGACCCCGCCAUUUACUUAGCUUGCCGGUCCUACUGAGUUUAGAAGCUUUUUCUUUUUUUUUCUUUGGCCCAGACCCAAGCUAAGCCGAAAUCGAAGGGACCAAUCACACCUCUGCGAUAACAACGACUUGAAGUUCGGGUCCAUUUUGAAAGACCCCUUUCCCACUUUAUUUAUUCGGGCCCCAUCGCUUUUGUUGAACUAACUGUGUGGAUCCUUGAACCUUGC